AGACGCUGUCUUCGUCUCUCCCUCAGCCUCCUUUUGUUUUGGUUUCGUUUCUAUCUGCUCGUCUCCUCGUCUCUUGUCUAAUCCCUCCCUCCCAAACCAAAGGGAGGUCUCUUUCUAGCUUGCCGGGCGGAGUCUAAUCUCCCACAACCCCCUCUAAAUCCCCCGAUUCGGAAAUGGGUCUUGUUGAUGGAGAUACGUACCUUGCAUGAGAGUUCCUUCAAGCUGGAAAAUGACUGCUUCCAAGCUUGUGACUAGGAUGAUCUCACAUGUCAUUGUAGAUUUGGAUGGUACACUUCUAAAUACAGAUGGCAUUGUAACUGAAGUAUUAAAAGAAUUUCUAAUCAAGUACGGAAAGAAAUGGAAUACUAAAGGAGUUCACAAAAUAGUAGGGAAGACGCCUUUGGAAGCUGCAAUUGUUGUUGUGGAAGAUUAUGGACUCCCAUGCACGCCUGAAGAAUUCAUGUCCACAUUUACCCCAAUGUUUUCUGACCAGUUGUGCAAUAUUAAAGCUCUUCCAGGUGCUAAUCGGCUAAUUAAACAUCUAAGGAAUAAGGGGGUGCCAGUGGGUUUGGCUUCAAACUCUCCAAAAUCAAACAUAGAAGCCAAGAUUUCUUAUCAUCAUGGCUGGAAAGGCUCCUUUACUGCAAUCGUUGGUGGUGACGAAGUGGUAAUGGGGAAGCCAUCUCCUGAAAUUUUCCUUGAGGCUGCUAGAAGAAUGAAUGCUGAUCCUUCGAACUGCCUCGUGAUUGAGGAUUCAUUGCCUGGUGUUAUGGCUGGCAAGGCUGCAGGAAUGGUAGUGGUUGCUGUACCAUCUUUACCAAAACAAGCUACUUCUUUCACUUCAGCUGAUGAGGUGAUCAAUUCUUUGCUUGAUCUGCGUCCUGAAAAGUGGGGUUUGCCACAAUUUGAAGAUUGGACAGAAGGUACUUUACCAAUUGAACCAUGGUAUAUUGGAGGACCUGUUAUCAAAGGAUUUGGCCGUGGCUCAAAGGUACUUGGAAUACCAACAGCUAAUUUACCUGCAGAAAACUUUUCUGCAUUGCUUUCGGAACAUACUUCAGGAGUGUAUUUUGGCUGGGCUGCACUAGCAACACGAGGUAUCUAUAAGAUGGUCAUGAGUAUUGGUUGGAACCCCUACUUCGACAACACUGAAAAGACUAUAGAACCAUGGCUGCUUCAUGAAUUCAAUGAGGACUUUUAUGGAGAGGAGCUACGCCUUGCUAUAGUGGGCUAUAUAAGACCAGAGGCCAAUUUUCCAUCACUGGAGAGCUUGAUAGCGAGGAUUCACGAGGAUGGGAGAAUCGCGGAGAAAGCUCUAGAUCUUCCUAUAUAUGCCUGCUACAAGGAUUCACCAUACUUAAGAAACUCCUAGCAAGUGCCAUUCAUGAGGCAAGAUGGUACUUACUUUUAAAAAAGUAGACACCCCUGUUGUGGGGCUCAGAAAAAAAAAAGAAAUCUAGCAUGUGAGAUCUCCCGGUUUAUCCAUAGGAAACCUAAAAUUCCUUAUGGGAGUUUGGAACACCCCGUUCUUUGAUCUCAAUUGAUUUGCAGAGAAAACCUUCUUAAUAGGUAAGCUUUUCUUUGGCAUUGCUCCACACUUGAUGAACUAGUUAUUCUUCUUGCGAUCCAUGUGCGCAUGCUAGAAACAUCAUAAAAUCUUAAACCAUGCAUAUUUUAUUCUUGAAUUCCAUUCGAUGC